AUGUCCUGGAGCAGACAAAAGGCCCAGACGACUCUAGGCGGACCGCCGGAAGACCCGCUCACUGAUGAUCAUCUGCUCAACAACUCUCACAUCUCCUCACUUCUGGGUCAAACACCAUCCCCCCGAAGUGAAGCAGAGGCAGCAACAGCAAUAGCAGCCGGCACCCGGAACCCAACUUCAGAAGAGCCGGCCAGCACCGCGGACUUUGAAACUCCAGACGAAGGCAAAGUCACCAGUUCAGCUUCCAUGUUCCAUUCUCCUCCGCCAGUAGACCCAGCACGCAAAACGUGGCUCGAUGAAAAUGCAGAAAAGGAGUCUUAUGGGAAAACAUCAUCGUCAGUAUCCGAUGACAAUAGUCUACUUGAAGCUUCCCUAAACCCUAUUGAAGAUGAGUAUAAUGACAAUAAAGAAGACGCCUUUGGAUCGUCUAAGCCUCCUCUUACUCCAGUCGAUGAGACAUCCAGCAUUGCAUCCUCGGCUUCAUCAGUCUCUUCUCAAGCAAACCAAACCUCAGACGCAACAACUAGCACUUCUUCAUCUGGAGCAAUUCCAUUUGCCACAACAGCUGCUAGCACUUCUUCCACCGAUACCAAUAAACCAUCUGUUGAAAACGGAAAUGGAAACGAAAACAAAAGCAGCUUGGCUGCCGAAAAGGCCGCAUCUCAGCUUCCUGCAGUUCUUUCCCAUACCAUUGAAAAGUUUGUGGCCGGACUUAAAGCCCCUCGUUUCAAAUCGCCUCUCCAGCCCUCUGCAGUGUCUCUACUUUAUCAGACCUUUUACGAAGAGUUCAAUGUCAAGGCUGAUGAGUAUCUCACACAAAGUACCCUUUCAUAUGGCGAAUUAGCUAACGGAAGUUCGCAAGCCAAUGGCUCUUCAAAUCCAACCAGCAACGCAUCAAAUUCUUUCCCUAAUAACUUCAGUAGUAAUGGACUUACGACUCCGGAAAUUUCGCUUAACGCUUUGCAUUUUAGAAAGCGCGAAAUCAAAAUGGAAACAUACGAGGAGAUUGCAGAAAAAAGAAGAGAACGCGCCAUGCGACCGAUCCGCUUGAAGGAGUACAAUGAAACAGCGGAGGCUCGCUCAACAUCACUUCUUUAUAAGCGGCUAUUCAAGCCUGUGGCUGGUACUGACGUUGAACGCAACCAGGAAAUCACGCAGCGCAUUGUGGCUCUUCGCGCACUGCCUCUUACACCCAAGUUGCUGGACUUUGACCUUGAGAUUGUGGAGAAUGAAGAUGACGAGAGCUUGGGCACAAAGCAUCCCAAGCUCACUCAGAAGCAUCUACACCAACUGCUGGAGCCAGUUGCCGAAAAGUUUAAGGAAAUGGAUGAUGAGCAAACGCCCGCAGGCAAGCUCUCUGCCUUUCUACAAGGCCACCGGCUUCUAGUCGAAGAUGUGAUUUCCAGUCUUUAUCCAUGCAAACAGAUUCCUCCUCCAGAACCUGCCCCCAUACCUCAGCAAUUACCCCCACCUACAGAGCAGCCUUUACAGCAGCCCCAGGCCCCAGGAUCUAAUUCGUCGCCAUCAAAGACCACGUCCAAGCUGCACUCGCUGCUUCCAGACACGAGUCUCAAGCCCAACUUUCUCCGGCGCACAUCUCUUGCGACGGAUGCGUCAAACUCGCCGCGGCGGUCAUCCAUUUUGAGCGCUCAGCAGCAGUACCAGCAACAGCAAGACCAGCAGCGCCGCAUAUCGCUUUCGAGUCUAUUGAUCCAUAACAAUACAGGUAGCAACACCGAUGCCAUCACUGCGGUGGCCAACCAUGCACCCAACUCGAGUGGCAGUACCUCAGGAAGUGGCCAUGGAGGUGGUGGUGGUGGUAGUGGUACAGGAGCAGGGAAUCUCGGGAUGGGAGUACGGACAAGCGCAGCUGCGGCCGACUCGAUUUUACCGCUGCUCAUCUACACCAUUGUGCAGUUUGACAUUCCUGAUAUUUGGCUGCAGCUGGCAUACAUUAUGCGGUACCGAAGCUCGGCAGUGACGUCCAUGGGCGAAAACGCGUACCCACUGACGAACCUGCAGGCGGUGGUUGGGUUCAUUGAGGCGACGACGUUGGGGUCUUUGGGUGUUGAAGACCAGGAGAGUAGUAGUGGUGAGGACAAUACUUUAGAGGUGCUUAUGACUGAGUCGCCGUAUGCCAAUGAUUUUACAGUUUUCACGGACCCUCCGUCGUCGAUUCCAUCUGGAUAUCAGGGCAGUGUGCGGUCGCGGCUGCGGCACCAUCGAAACACCCAGUUUUCAUCAGAAAUUGCUGCUGCGUCAGCAGUUGCAGCGGCUGCAUCAACUUCAAACCCUCAUCCACAACCGCAAGUUAUGAUUUCGCUUGCCCCAGAUCCGACUGAGCUUGUGAAUUCUGCAGAUCAAUCAAUCAAAGCGCUGGGGACGACGUUUGGUAAUAGCUACCGGUUUCUGAUGAGCAAAAUUAACAAUGCACGUGAUGGAGAUUUGCAGCAUGAAGGUGGAGGAGGACCCAUGGGGGCUAUUGGUAGUGAUGGCACAGAGCCCAGGAAAACAGGCCGACCACGGCACUCGAGUCUGUCGAAUGUUGUGUCUGCAGACACGCUGUCGUCGUCACCACCUCCGCCACUGCGGCGAGGACUUACACGGCAAGCGUCUGUGUCUAGCAUUAAGGCUGGAGGGCUUGGGAGUGGUGCGUCAAGCACGACAUCACUACCGGAGUUUGGGAGCAAUUCUAGUACAGGUGCUGGUUCUGGUUCUGGUUCUGGUGUUGGGUCUGGGAUUGGGAUUGGGAUUGGUGCGCAUAGCGGGUCAGAGCCAUUGUUGGGCCGGCUUGUACGGACUCUUCGAAACAAUAGUGGGAACGAGCAACAACAACAGCAGCAGCAGCAGCAGCAGCAGCAAGUUCCGGUAUCAGUGCCAGUGCCGGUGACGGUGCCAGUGACGGUGACAGUUCCUGGGAAAGUGGCACCACCUGUGGAAGAGCUUUUAAAUAAAGAGUGGACGAGUUUGACGAUGAAAGAUGUGGAGGUGUUGCAUGGAGAAUAUAAACGGUUGGUAGAGGUUCUUCGAGCUUCCAAUGCGUUUUAA